AUGCACCGUUCACCGGCAGCCAAGAACCUGUGCAAUCAGAUUUUCCGGUACCGGAGCCAGCUACGGCCGGAGAGGAUUCCGCCAUGCGACGUGUUCGUUAACCACCGGGGGAUUGACACGAAGCGGAACGUCGCCGGGCUGCUUUACGACCACCUGAGGAGGCUCCGGCUCCGGCCGUUCUUGGACAGCAAGAAUAUGAAGCCCGGCGACAAGCUUUUCGAGAAAAUCGACCCGGCGAUCCGGAACUGCAAGGUUGGGGUCGCCGUUUUCUCGCCGCAGUAUUGCGAUUCUUAUUUUUGCCUGCACGAAUUGGCUCUCAUGAUGGAGUGCAAGAAGAGGGUUAUCCCCAUUUUUUGCGACGUAAAGCCUUCGGAGCUCGCCGUCCGGGAUAGCAUGGCCCGGAUUUAUCCGGCUAAGGACAUGGACAAAUUCCGGCUGGCUCUUCAGGAAGCCAAAUUCACCGUCGGACUCACGUUUGAUACCGUUAAUGGGGAUUGGUCGGAAUUCUUAACGAGUGCUACAGAAGCGGUGAUAAAGAACAUAAUCGAGGUAGAAGGAGACAAGAUGAGGAGCAAACGGAUGAAUUCUUGGCAUCAAAAGAAUGCGAUGAGGUAA